GUAAGAGAAAACAGUUAAAACUUUGUACAAGUGAUGUGUUUUCUGCGAAAUCUAGCACUACUGAAACAUUAUAAAUAAUAUUUAUCCGCAUGGACGUAAAGGGUGAUCUUCAUAGAGAAUGAAUUCAACGACUACUGGGGUAAAAAAGCCAGGUAUUUGCAGAUAUUUUGCAAGUACGGGGACGUGUUUUUAUGGAGAUGAUUGCCAAUUUCUUCAUCACCAUCCUGAUCAGAUGCAGCAUUUAAAUGGUGUGACUGCCAACCCUGGAUCUCAGCUGACAGAGGAGAGCGAUAUAACUGAAGAAAUAGGUACCGUAGUAGAGUGUGCGGAGCUCACAGAUUAUGUUUCAGCAAUCUCUUUGUCAGAAGCCAACGGGCUUCCGGCAGAAUCUAAGUUAAAGUCCUACUUGCCUCUUCCUCGGUCGUCUGCAGCAGCUCCAGUGAGUUACUACCAGGACAGCGUGAAGGGAUUCGUGAAGCCAGCUGUUGCUCCGAGUGUGAGUGGCAGCAGCAGUGGUCUAGUUACGAGCUUCAGUAACAUCUCCAUCACCGGCAAGGGGACGCCGGUGUCAGGUGACAAUACGCAGACGACUCCUCCCGGAAUGGUACACAGCUCCUCGACGCCAUCAUUCUCCAACUUCACCGCAACGAAUUCGCAAGCGUUUCAAUCUUCCUGGGGGCAAGCCGGCUUGAGUCCAGGAAACAGCCCCCGGACCAGCCCACCACACUCACCAAACGCCGCGAGAAAAAGCAAGUCACCCGCUCCAGCAAAAGCCAACCGAGAUUUCACCCCACCUCCAAAACUUGCUCAGUACCAGGAAAAUGUUGGUGGCACAACUUACUUCUUCACAGAGGAGGUACAACCUGUACAAAAGCCAAGCAUUGUGCUUCCAGACUACCACGUGUACCCGUCACCCCCUGCUCACGUGGCUCAGAUGAAGCAAAAGCCAAACUCGCCCUCGUUCUUCAUGUCCGACGAAAUCCGCAUGGAAAUACUUAACAAGCACACGCUCGUGAUGGCGCAAGUCAACCCGGAGCAGUAUCCGGAUAUUCCGACGGAGGUCGACAACUACCACCACCUGGUGCCACUCGAACCGCCUCCUGUCAACCCGAUGGAGAAGUCGAACACGUUUGGCUACACGACGUCCGUCUACAAGGCGACGCACAUGAAGACGGGGUUGACCUACUGCCUGCGCAGAAUCCACGGCUUCCGAUUGGUGAACACGAAAGCUCUGCAGCUCGUGGAUUUCUGGAAGAAGCUGCAGCAUGCAAACAUUGUGCAGCUGAGGGAGGUGUUCACAACCAAGGCAUUCGGAGAUCACUCUCUGGUAUUUGCACAUGAUUAUCACCCUGCAGCAGAAACCCUGAUGUAUCGCCACUUCUCUUCGCAUUCUCAUCACAUGGAUGGCGGUAAAGGCUUCGGCGGCGGUGGCGGCGGCGGCGGCAGCAGCAGCAGCAACCGCGGCCUACUUCCGGAGAACGUGAUCUGGGGUUACGUGGUGCAGCUGAGUUCGGCGCUGCGCACGAUCCACGCGGCUGGCCUAGCCUGCCGUGUGAUGGACCCCACGAAGAUACUCGUCACCGGCAAGAACAGGUUGCGAGUAAACUGUGUGGGAAUUUUCGACGUGCUGAGUCUGGAUGCUACUCAACCAAACCCUAUCGCCAUGAUGCCACAGAAUCAGCAAGAAGACUUGAUAUCGUUGGGGAAGAUUGUGCUUGCACUUGCCUGCAACUCUGUCGCUGCCAUCCAACGAGAGCACAUACACAACUCGAUGGAGAUGGUCGCUCGAAACUACUCUGGAGAUCUGAAGAAUCUUAUCCUGUACCUGCUGACGAACCAGCCGCGGCUGCGAAGCGUGAACGACAUCAUGCCGAUGAUUGGCGCCCGCUUCUACUCGCAGCUCGACAGCGCCCUCUGCAAGGUCGACGUGCUCGAAGCCGAACUCGCAAAGGUAGGUCAGAAUAAACGCGACUUUAGGGUGUUCAUUAGAAUGAUGACCGCUGUUCACACACACAGGUACAACAUGGAUCCAUCUUGGUCUGAGACAGGAGACAGGUAUCUCCUCAAGUUGUUCCGCGAUUACCUGUUCCAUCAGGUACGGGAGGACGGCACUCCGUGGAUAGACAUGGCCCACAUUGUGCAGUGCAUUAACAAGCUGGACGCCGGCGUUCCGGAGAAGGUGCAGCUGAUGUCUCGUGACGAACAGAACAUCCUCGUCGUCAGCUACGCCGACCUCAAGCACUGCGUCGAGACGUCGUACAGCGAACUGCUGCAUCCCGUCGGAGCUCCGCAUCUCAACGCUCAGCUGCCGCCGCCCGGCCCGCCCCCGAGUUAGUGCGGAGGUCAGAGGUCGCGUCGGCGAUCGACGGUCGCAGCUGGCAGCCUCCGAUGACGACGAAACGAUCCUCUCGUGUCAAAGGUCGGUUUGGUGGUCAAAGGUCACCGAUGGUGGUGUUGGUUGGCUGGACGACCGGCUCUUGUGUCAAAGGUCUCAUCAGGGGUGAAAGGUUGCGGGCGGCGAUCGCGGGUGAAUUUCAUGAAACUACGUGUGUAACAUUUUGUGUGGUGAAACGUGAGUAGUUCUAUACGGAAGGUUUAACCGUAAAAAGACGUGUGUUGCUGCUGCUGCGCUAGCGUGAUAGAUCGCAUAAAUGACUGCGCUACUACGUGGAUGUAUGCAAUGCGAUCGGUUUCAGCGAUUGCAGUUUCCUUCACGAGACCAGACGAGCUGCUAUUGGGGGCCAUUAAGUUUAUAGCAAGAUCUGUAGAUACCCAGUAACGUCUAGUCGGGGGGGCUUGGGGUCCAUGAUUGCUAGUGACGCCGGUAUUACGUACGCCUCAUCAGCAUUAACGAUACGAUACGUGCAUUUGAGGAGGGAGGGGGGCGGUAUUAUCUCCGUGGUGCUUUGCGCUUGUGAGCGAUGUCACUUGCUACAUGUCGCACUGUUUGCAUCGGGCCAGCGAAAACUUCAACUUUAAAGUCGUUGCCCGUAUCUGCUAGUUAAUGCUCAUUUUCGAAGUUCGCGUACGUAUGUGGGAUUACGUGUUCGCUGAGCUUCCAUGUCGUACUUCGCCUAACGAUUAACUAGGUAUGACAACGAUGUUAGUUGUUACGACAAUGAUGUUAGUUGCUAUGACAACCGUGUUACUUGCU